AUGUAAUUUAUGAGACAAUAAAAGAUUGGUCUAUUUUCUUAAAGUCAAGUAUAUGUUACAGACAUAUGUGAACCCCUAAAUAUUUUGGAAUUUCUAGAUAAUUAAGUUAAUCAAAAUUAGAGUCAUCCUUUAAAACUGGAAAAUUUGAAAAUAUCCAAUAAAAGCAACUAAAAAGAAAAUUCUCACUAAAUAAUAAGAGAAAUUAAAUAAAGUCCAUAUGGAUCAGGAUGGGCAAAUAAAGUUUUAGGAAAACAAUUUGGAGUUUAAUUAUCUUAAAUAACACAAAGAAAAAAGGCAAAAUGGAUUAUAAAAAAAUUGAAACCUUCUGAAAGCAAUGAUAAUAGCAAAUAAUAAAAUUCACGAUUGAUUAAUGAUAUAAAAUCUCAUGAAGAAGGGUAAAAAAAAACAGCUUCUAAAUCAAAUGACAGAAGAUUUGAUAAAAUAAUUAAGGGUCAUUAGAAAUCUUUUAGUGGAUUUAGAUACUCUUUACCUACCUUUGAUAUAAAUUUCUUUGACAAAAUUGAUUAAUACAAUUUAUGA